AUUAUCAUUGGCAUUAUUUUGGUAAAGUCUUCCACUAAAAUUCAACCCGGGCUGCUAGGUGUUCUUCUCCAUUUCUUCUCUCUCCGCUUCUCCCCAACCGGCGAGCUUUGGCCGGAAACUACAACCAUCCAUCGGAGAACAAUUGACACUGAGUUGCGCUCCUUACGCUUAUCCCUCAAUUGCUUCUUCAGUUAUAUAGCUGGCGACUCUACCCCGAUUUAUGGCUUCAAUCGCCGUCAACUCCGUCACUGCCCGCGGCAUCACCAAAAUCUCCGCCUCUGCCCGCCAUCAACUUUCCCUUCUACGCCUCUCUUACGCCCCCUUCCAAUCACCUCCUCUUUCGUUGCAAUGCCGCUGGUCCUCUUCCUCUUCCUCUUCCUCUUCUCCUCCCAUCUCAGGUGUGAGAGCUCAGGUGGCGGCUACAGAGCAAGCAGGGACCAAUGCUACCGCGAAAGUUGAAACUCCAGUCGUCAUUGUGACCGGUGCUUCUCGUGGAAUUGGGAAGGCAAUUGCUUUGGCUUUGGGAAAGGCUGGUUGCAAGGUCUUGGUGAACUAUGCUAGAUCUUCCAAGGAGGCAGAAGAUGUUUCCAAAGAGAUUGAAGCAAGUGGCGGCCAAGCUUUUGCUUUUGGGUGUGAUGUUUCAAAAGAAGAUGAUGUAGAGUCAAUGAUUAAGAGUGUAAUUGAUCGAUGGGGAACAGUUGAUAUAUUGAUAAAUAAUGCUGGAAUCACCCGUGAUGGUUUGUUGAUGAGAAUGAAGAAGUCCCAAUGGCAGGAGGUUAUUGAUUUGAACCUGACUGGGGUUUUUCUCUGUACACAGGCGGCAGCUAAAAUUAUGAUUAAGAAGAAAAAGGGAAGAAUCAUUAACAUAGCUUCUGUUGUUGGCUUGGUUGGGAAUUCUGGCCAAGCCAAUUACAGUGCUGCAAAAGCAGGAGUCAUUGGCUUAACCAAGAGUGUAGCAAAAGAAUAUGCCAGCAGGAAUAUAACUGUUAAUGCUGUGGCUCCUGGAUUUAUUGCAUCUGAUAUGACAGCCAUGCUUGGUGAAGACAUUGAAAAGAAAAUUCUUGGCACUAUUCCCUUAGGACGAUAUGGUCAACCGGAAGAAGUGGCUGGGCUAGUGGAAUUUCUGGCAGUCAAUCCAGCUGCCAGUUAUAUUACUGGUCAGGUGUUCACUAUUGAUGGUGGGAUGGUAAUGUGAAUGUAUGCAGCAAGCAUUUUUCUGCAUUGAGCUUUAAAGUAGGAGAGAGUUUGGUACUUGUAAUAUAGAUAGAGAUAACCUCGGAAGAAAGGGAAAUCGGUUUAAUGAGUCAAGUUGAUGUCGAAAUCUUCCCUUAGUUUUCUACCUUAAUAUUAUAGUAUCCUUAUGCUGGAUUCCUUGUGUUCCUUUUUAGUUUAGUUCCCAGGCAAGCACAGCAAUAAACUUCUCUUUAAAGGAAAUGGAAUUUGUUCAAGUCA